UUCAAUUCAACCGCACAGACCCGCAGCAGCUCUCGUCCGAGCAAGUCGACCUCCAAAAUCGUCCAUUAAUCGCCCGAUUAGCGCGUCGAGUCUAUUAUUUUUCGAAAACAAACCGGUUUGUUUCGUCCACGUUAAAUGUUAAAUAUGCGUUUAUUUCGCUCAUUGUGAAUUUCGAGACGACGAUUUUCCGAUAUACCUCUUAGACGAGACAAAACGAUUUGUCGAUUGGCUGUUAAUUAGUCGAUAAUUAGUCGUAAUUGUGAUUCUAUUUGUGUAAUUGUGUGCGUCAAAUCACCACCAAAGAAACAAUGAAGGUCCUUCUGCUGCUACUCCUAGCAACGAGCUCCUGGACCGACAUCCGAUGCUUCCAGCCCCCGCCCUCCGACAGCGACGAUUUCCUCCAAGUCGUAACCAAAAGCGCCUACGACAAGUACGGCCUAGCCUUGGAGGCGAUCUUCUCCAUGGGGCUCAGGCUCCAAGGCAUCAUGGACACCUCCACCGAGGACAACUUCGUCGUCUCCCCUCUCAGCACCACCGCCAUCAUCGGGCAAAUGCUCCUCGGCGCCAACGGUGAAUUCAGAGAGCAACUGUACCAGUUGCUGUCGUUGCCCAAGAUGACGACCUCGUUCCGAGUGACCUACUACAACCAAUACAAAGGACAAAACGACACGCAGGUACUGCCGUACGCCAUGUUCCACAUGCAACUGGCAGCGCUGAUCAAGGAGCUGAGGCACCGGAAGCCCGGCGAGGAGUUCGUGCUCACAUUGGACAACGCCUUGUUCCACGAGCAGCGCAUCCGGCUCAACGAGGUGUUCGAGCACUCGCUGAACAAUUUAUACCACACCGAAAUCACGCCGUUGGAUUUCCGCACCGAUACGUCUAGGAUAAUCAACGACUGGGCCUCGACCCACACCAACGGGCUGAUCAAAUCGUUCCUGUCGGGUCGGCUGCCGCCCAGCACGGCGGCCCUCUUCCUCAACUCGAUCUACUUCCUGGCCGAAUGGGAGACGCCCUUCGCCGAUCUCCUCAACAACGUCGACGACUUCCACGUGAACGCCAACAAGACGGCGCGCAGCACGUUCAUGAUGGGCAACAUCAUCGACAUACCGUUCGUGCAGACGAAGAACUUCCGCAUGGUGUGCCUGCCGUACAAGAAGCGCGAGGUGGGCAUGUACAUCCUGCUGCCCAACAUCGAUCACGAGCACAAGUACAACAUCAAGAAGUUCACCGAGCAGACGAGCGCCCAGGAGAUACUCAAGGCCUUCUCGGACAUGAGGCCGCACGACGUCACCGUCAAGAUACCCAAGGUGGCGUUGAGCAACACCCUGGAUAUACUGAGGCCGCUGCAGAAGUACGCCAGCUUCGAUAAGUACUACAACAAGAUGAGGAAAACGGGGAGCGCGAAUGUGAAUUCGCUCGAUGAAAUCACGCAGAGGGUGAGGGAUUACAAGAAUUUCCGGCCCCAUCGGAACGACGAUGUGUUCUUGACGAAUGCGGCGGUCAAUGUGCCGCUCAGAGUGAGCGAUAUCUUCCAGCAGAUGGUGUUCUCGAUCAACGAGAAGGGGACGGAGGCGGCGGCGGUGACGGGGGGAUUCACCGAUUACAUGGGAGGCGGGAAGUCUAUGGUGUUGAACAGGCCUUUCUCGUUUUUCAUCAGGCACGAGGAAACGCAGGCGGCCUUGUUUUGGGGCACCAUCUCCAAUCCGGCUAAAAAUUAAAUAUUUUUUUGAGUAAAACUUUUUUUUUUGUUUUUUUUUUCCGAUAAACUUUUCCAUUGAAAAGAUGACUGACGAGCGGGCUUUUGCUGCAAAAGGUGUUUUUUUUUAUUUUAUUUAUUUUACGCA